AUGCGGCCCAGCACUGACACGAUGGAGGCCGACACCGCGGCCACCCACCGUAACUUCAUUACUAAGGUGGACGUGCCUGACCACGCGCACUACACCGUGGCUUUCUUCGUCUCCGUCAUCGGCACCCUGGGUUGCACGGGGAACGCCCUCGUGCUGUUCGCCUUCUACAGCAACAAGAAGCUCCGUAAUCUGCCCAACUACUUCAUCAUGAACCAGGCGGUGAGCGACUUCCUCAUGGCCUUCACCCAGUCGCCCUUCUUCUUCGUCAACUGUCUCAACAGGGAGUGGAUCUUCGGAGAGCUCGGCUGUAAGCUGUAUGCGUUCCUGGGGGCCCUAUUUGGCAUCACGUCCAUGAUCAACCUGCUGGCCAUCUCCCUGGACCGCUACAUGGUCAUCACCAGGCCCCUGGAGGCCAUGAAGUGGAACUCCAAGCGGAGAACCACCAUCGCCAUCUUGUUGGUCUGGCUCUACUCCCUGGCCUGGAGCCUGGCCCCUCUCGUUGGCUGGAGCUCCUACAUCCCCGAGGGCCUGAGGACCUCAUGCACCUGGGACUACGUCACUUCCACGGCGUCCAACAGGAGCUACACCAUGAUGCUGUGCUGUUUCGUGUUCUUCAUCCCCCUGGCUAUCAUCUCCUACUGCUACCUCUUCAUGUUCCUGGCCAUCCGCAAAACAACCAGGGAUGUGGAGCGACUGGGCAUCCAAGUGCGGAAAUCCACCAUAAUCCGCCAGAAGUCCAUCCGAACUGAAUGGAAGUUGGCAAAGAUUGCCUUUGUGGUGAUCGUGGUUUAUGUCUUAUCCUGGUCACCGUAUGCCUGUGUGACGAUGAUUUCCUGGUCAGGGCAUGCCAACAUCCUGUCGCCGUACUCCAAAACUGUCCCAGCUGUUAUAGCGAAAGCAUCUACCAUUUACAACCCAUUCAUCUACGCCAUCAUACAUCAAAAGUACAGGAAGACCUUGGCGGAUAAAGUCCCCUGCCUGAGGUUCCUGGCCCCCAACAAGCGGAAGGACUGCACGUCGUCUUCGUUCAGCGGGUCCUCCUACCGGGACUCGGUCAUCAGCAGGACGUCCACUGCCAUUAGGAGACAGUCCACGGCCGCCAGCAGACACGCGUCAGCAUCCAAGACUGCAGCGGGUGCUUCUUCGUACUCGUCCUCAGACAGGGUCUUCGGGGACGUGGAGAUGGACCCCAUCGACUGGAGAUCAGGGGCCUCCUUCCGUCGGCACUCGUCGCGCGGCAGCACCCGCCGGGACAGGCUCUUGAAGAAGCAGCAGAUGGAGAGAACGAACAAGAGCGCAGCACACAAGCAACCAUCGCCGUCGACCAAAAUGUCGGCGACCCACUGCAAGAACAAGACGGUCUCCGGUUCGGUCAACAUGGCCGCCGCGCCUCCUCAGCUGGUGCUCAUCAGGAAGAGGAGCCAGAGUCUAACCAACGGCCUGUCAGACGCCGGGAAGAAGACGGCCGUCGCCAACGGCACCCCGGGCAACCACAAGAGCAAAUCUGCGGAUUUACAUUUCAGAAACCUUCCCGCUCUAGAUCAAGCGCUGAAUGUCCCUCGCAUCAUCGUCAUCAGUCCCACGUCGGAGGACUGCUUGGUUAAACGCGAGAGCAGCUUCACAGAUGACGGUUCUGUCGGGACGGUGGUGGAUGAGGACUCGUUAGAGGACAAUGAUGUUGUUUGAAAAAUGUCCCCCAAGUAAACUUUCUUGUUCAGUCAAUUUAUUGCUUUGUUGGAACUAUAGCCUAUAUGUAUUUAUGCAGGAGAGUAUUUUUAUGUUACAAUACCCAGUAUGAUGCUUUGCUGGGUCGGACCUAUUGUGACCCUUCAAUUCCAGCUCAGAUUGUUUGUGUGACAUUGUGUUACUUUUUGGGGUUGUUGGCAGAUUACUGGUUGUGUAGAAUAAUUUAUUUUACUAUAAAAUAUUGAUUUAUGAAUAAAAAGCCAUCUAAAAGUACGAUAUUACACUGUGUCCUAAAAAAAAAUCCAGGACGCGGAUACAUUUACCCUUUAAAAAAAGUUCACACUUCAA